AAAAUGAGAAUAAGUAUUUUCUAUAAGAGUAUAAUCCUAAUUCUGGCUAUUAAUGUACUUAAUGCAACUGCAUCUCAGGAAGAUAUUUCUUGUAAAGUCAACCGAGAAUUGGAACAACAAUGUGGCUCAUACACGUAUGUGGUUGUCAAGCCAUUUCUCGAUUAUAUAAAACAAAUUAACGACGAGAUAAAUCAAAAUAAAAUCAAAGACAGAGAAAUAAAUGAUUUAAAGGAAAAGUUGAUUCAACAAAAUUCAAAUGUAGCGAUCAACAAUGUAUUGAAAGCUCAGAUUGAUUUUCAGCAAACAACUAUAAAUAGAUUAACUACAAGUGCGAUAUCAACAGAUCAAUGUGAUCAAAUUAAAAAAGAACUAAUUGAUAAGGAUGAAAUGAUUGCAGAACUGAGAGUCAAGGCAAAAACUGAUACUGACAAUUUGAGAGCAACUCAAUUGCAAUUAGAGGAGAAUCUAAUUAAGUUAGCAAAACAAAAGACAGAUUUACAAUUAUGUCAAAAAGAAGUAGAAAAAUUUAGUAAGACAGAAAAGAAUCAAAAGCCCAAUAGUUGCAAUGCAUUUGGAGAUUCUUCAGGUAUUCAUCAAAUACAAGUUCCUGGAAUAGAUUCAUUCGAUGUUCUGUGCGAUAAUCAAACAGCUGGACCUGGAUGGAUAGUUAUUGAGCAACGAUUGAAUGGUGGAGAGAGUUUUAACAGAGAUUGGGCCACAUUUCGAAAAGGAUUUGGUUCUCAUGACGGCGACUUUUUCCUGGGCCUGGAAAAGAUUCAUCGAUUGACUAACAACCAAUAUAAUGAGCUCUACAUUUAUAUGGAGCGAUUUGAUGGACGUAUUGACUACGCUCGAUAUGAUCGAUUUGGGAUUUCCAAUGAAAAUGAUAAGUACAGAAUAAAUAUUUUGGGUGAGUUCUCUGGUAAUGUUGAGGACAAGUUGCGAUCACAUGCAUAUAUGAUGUUCUCGACAUCUGAUUCCGAUAACGAUGCUUGGGCUGAGGGAAGCUGUGCUCAUUAUCGAGAAGCUGGUUGGUGGUACGAAAGCUGUGUUACCUCUUUCUUGCAUGGAGCAUACUAUAAUCGGGCUACAGAUAGUUACAGUUCCAUAUAUUUCAAUUAUCCUCACACUAUCAAAAAGCUGAAAAUUAUGAUACGUCCGAUUUCUAAAAAUUGAGUAGCCUACAGUAACUAAUUGAAUAAAUAAAGUUUACAGCCUGCUCAGAAUAUUGCCAAUCUUACAUAAAA